AUGGAAGACACAAACAACGCUACCCAUGGUCAGCCUGAGUUUGAGCAAGGCCAGAAUUCCUCGCAGCCAGUCAUCACUGGUGCGUUGGGAAACCCACAGUUCCACUACCGGACACCGGGAAACGAGGAGCAAACCCCAAACACCAACGUACCAUUCAACUUGGCACAGCUAAGUCAAUUCUCUCCCGAGCAAUUGCAAACGGUAGCAUCAUUCAUCCAGAUGCUGACAGGUAAUCCUCAACAAAAUGCUCCUCCCCAACCCUCUGGCGGUACCUGUAAGCGACCACCGGCUAUGGCUGGUAGGAACGCGGAUGGGACCCCGCUUCGAAAAAUGCAGUCCUUGGGAAAAGAGGGACGGGAAAUGGAAAAGAAAAUAGACCGAUCUGAUUAUGAGGAGGAAAUUCUGGAAACUGAGGAGGUAUACUAUUCUGAAGAAGAAACGCAGGGUCACUCCCGCCGUGAGUACAGUACCGUUGGUGCUAGUAACUAUUCGGCUGGCGGUCACCUCUUGAUCAAGCCUAAGCUCUCCCCCUUCACUCCGGAGAUACUGAAUCAUCCUAUGACACGAAUCAAAAUGCCGUCCUCCAAGUAUGAUGGCACAUCAGACCCCGAUGAUCACGUCGCGGCCUACGAAGGACAUAUGUUCCUUUACACUCAAGUUGAUGCCAUAUGGUGUAAAGUCUUUCCCUCAACCUUGACUGGAAUAGCUCAGACAUGGUUCAAAAGUCUCAAGCCAGGUAGCGUCUCUAGCUUUUCUCUGCUGUCAUCCAUGUUCAGUACGCACUUUGUAAGCAAUAGGCGCCGUGAGCGCACCACUGGGGAAUUGCUGUCAGUCAAACAAGGAGAAAAUGAGAGCCUGAGGGACUACAUUGGCCGCUUCAAUGUCGAGGCAGUUUCAAUACCUCGACUGCAGCAGGACGUGGCCGUUUUGGCCUUAAUGACAGGACUCAAGGAGGGAUCACCCUUCCGGAAUUAUCUGGGCCGAAAGUCAUACACAACCCUGGGUCCCGUCCUUGGCAAGGCCAAUGACUAUAUAAGAGGGGAAGAAUUUGAUAAGGCUGUAGGCAACAGGGAGGCUGGAAAGAAAGAUGACAAGAAGAAGGAGAAGGCCCGCGAGGCGGAUCGGGGCCGAGAGGAAAGAAAGCAGGAGUCAAACAUGGUCAAGAGGGGAAAUGACCGAGACAGGGAGAAUGAAAGGUAUGAUCGCGAUCGCAGAGAUCGUGAAAAGAGUGGCCGGGAAGGAGGUGAACGCAAGGAUAGGGUCGAUGCAUAUACUCAACUCACCACUUCUAGAAGCCAAAUUUUUCUGAUGAAUAAGGACAGUGAUAAGUGGCAACGUCCGAGACAGAUGUUCCACAAAAAUCGUGACAAAAGUAAAUGGUGUGAUUUCCAUGGAGAUCACGGCCACAUAACUGAGGAUUGCCGGCACUUAAAAGAUAACCUGGAGGAUCUGAUAAGAAGAGGUUAUUUCAGUCAGUACAAGGCCCAGACAAAAGAAGGUGAUCUUGUAAAGCCCGUGACUCGAAAUGUUCAAUCUCGGAUCAGCGAGAUCCACGUUAUCAGUGGGGGUCCUAUCCAUGGAGGAAAUGUUAACGGCGCAAAGGCGAGUUUGAAGGAGUUCCGACAUCAAGUCAAUUUCAACGCCAGCUUGCCAUGGAAGAAUCCGCCAGCAAUGCCGGCCAUGUCAUUUACUCUGGAGGAUGCAAAGCAUGUGGUGUAUCCUCAUGAUGAUCCGCUGGUAGUAACACUGAAAGUCUCAAACUGUUUGGUACAUAGAAUUUUGGUGGAUGGAGGAAACUCCGCAAUAUUCUGUACUAUCAACAUUCGAAAAGCUCAUGCUGAGCCGUGA